AUGUCGCAAGCAUUUGAACUGCCAGUCCUCAUAGUAGGAGGCGGUCUGGUAGGAUUGACGCUUGCUCAAGCACUCCAAAAAGCUGGGAUUGCUUGUAUCGUCUAUGAGCGAGAUUACGCACUCGAGACUGAACAUGGCGGAGGAUGGGCAAUCACAGUGCAUUGGGCUCUAGAAGCGUUGAGAGAGUGCCUGCCUAGCAAUCUGUUUCAGCGGCUAGAUGAUAUCCAGGUAGACCGCGAGCAGGGAAUCAAGGACACUGGACGGUUUCUUUUCCUCGACAUGGCAACAGGAAAGCCCAAGUACGAGGUUCCACCGAGUCCUCGGAAACGGGUCAAUCGUCGACUUUUGCGCAACUUGCUUGGAGAAGGAAUUGAUAUUCGUUUCAACAAGAGACUCAAGUCUUUUGAGAUUAAGGACGACAAAACUGUCAUGGUGAGGUUCGAAGAUUCCAGCUCUGUCUGUGGGAGCCUGCUCAUUGGAUGCGAUGGUAGUAACUCGAAGGUUAGGCACUUGUUAUUUGGUGACAGGCCUGAGGAGGCACGGUUGUAUAGGCUGCCAGUGCGUGCGAUGGGUGCCACUGUGCGGAUGACGGAGAACCAGAUCUUUCCGUUGCGGAGAAUUGACCCGCUACUUUUCCAGGGCUGCCAUCCAGAGACAGGUAUUUUCUUGUGGUAUAGCACGAUCAGCACACCAGCGCUCAAUGGCUCGGAAGGCAGGAGUGAGCCAUACUAUGAAGGCCAGCUUAUCAUCUCUUGGAAGUACGUUUCUUGUUCCGACGAGGUUCCCACUGGAAAUAUGGACCGAAUACGGAAGCUGCGCUCGAUGGUUUCGCAGUUCGAGGAAAGUCUUCGGGUCGCCGUUGAGAACGUUUCCGAGGACACGGAAAUAAAGGAAAUCAGGUUACAGGACUGGCCAACGCGACCUUGGCUCAACCACGGUGGACUAGUCACCCUUGCAGGUGAUUCCGGCCAUGCCAUGACCAUGUACCGUGGUGAGGCUUUCAACCAUGGUGUUACUGAUGUGGCAUCGUUGUUGAAGCAAUUAGUCAGGGUUCGGGAUGGAAGUGAGAGUUUGCAAAGUGUCGUGCCAGCCUACGACACUGAACUUCUCGCAAGAACGCACGAAGCCGUUUUGCUGAGUAGACAAGCUUGUAUCGAUGCUCACGAUCCAGAUAACUUGUCGAGCGAUUCUCCUCUGGUCAGUAAGAGGGCUAGGAUAUUGGUUUCAGCCAAAGAAGUAUCUGAGGAUGCUGUUGACACUGGAGGACACGAACAUAGACGUGGGAUCCGAGGUGAAGAAUUGCUUGGUUCCUAUACAAAGGAUGGUUAUGCCUGGUUCAUGCGCACAGACCUCGAGCAAAAGUGUGAGGACUACGCCCGCAAUUUUGUUCUUACUGACCGGGACGUGACUGUGCUCGCAUGCCGGGAAAAGUGUGGGGAGGGAGCAGAGAAACAACUGAAAACUGGUGGGUGGAAGCUAAUCAGAAGUUAG